UUGUGAAGAGUGAGAGAAAGUGCUGCAGAGAAGAAGGGUUGGAAACCUCUGCUGGGGACUCAGCCUUGCGGCUAGGCUGCAGCAGGCCUCACCAUGGCCAGGGCCAGGCCAGAUUUCAACAAGAAAAACUUAGGCUUUCUUGGAUUCCCGCAUCAAAGAAAAGCUUCAAGCUUUCAGAAAGAGUUUCCCUUUGACGAGAAGGAAGAGCCUGCCAGCCUCCGGAGAGGCCUUGAUGCCAAGUGUUUAGCUGCCCUCCCUAAAGUUGCAGAAUUAAGAAAAAUCUUCGAACCAAAAAGGAAAGACUUUUUAGAAAUGAAAAGAAAAGAAAGAAUUGCCAGGCGCCUGGAAGGAAUCGAGAAUGAUCCCCAGCCCAUCCUGUUGCAGAGCUGCCCAGGGUUGGUGACUCAUCGGCUGCUGGAGGAAGAUACUCCCAGAUACAUGCGUGCCACAGACCCCGCCAGCCCUCACACUGGACGAUCCAAUGAAGAGGAAGACACUCCUGCGUCUUCCCUAGAAAAGCAAACUCCAUCUAAAUACUGCACAGAAACCUCGGGCAUCCAUAGUUCCGGCUCCAUGGACAGCCACAGCCUAGAGUCCAAAGCAGAAAGGAUCGCAAGGUAUAAAGCAGAGAGGAGACGGCAGCUAGCAGAAAAGUAUGGGCUAACUCUAGACCCUGAAGUCGACUCUGAAUACUUGUCUCGAUACACCAAGUCUCGGAAGGAUCUGGAUGCAGCUGAGAGACGAGGAAAAAGUGACAGGCAGGAAGAACAGAGCAAGGAUACCAGUUCCCAGCACUCCAGGACUGAGCCAGGGCCUAGGACCAGCGUGGUGGAGUCCCAGGACUGUGCUCCCGUAGGAAGCCCCCGUGUGUCAGACCACGAGCGGCUGCUCAAUGUGGAGAACAAGAGAAGAGCCCAAGAGACACCCAUGGCCGAAGAUGGUUCCCCUGCCUUCUUUUCUGAGCGAGGUACUUCCUUUCCGGAAGUGCCAAGAUCCCCAAAGCAGAUACCUAGCUCACCACUACAGCAGCCAGCCUCCCCAAGCUACCCUGGUGACCUGCCACUGCCCACAGAGGCCCGAGCCAGUACAGGGAAGCCCACGCAUGAGUGGUUUCUGCAGAAAGAUUCCGAAGGGGAUACACCUUCACUUAUCAACUGGCCUUCCAGAGUUAAAGUUAGAGAAAAAUUGGUCAAGGAGGAGAGUGCUCGCAGCAGCCCUGAACUCACUUCAGAGUCCUUAACUCAAAGGAGACAGCAGCCAGUACCAGCGCAUUUCCUGUCUAUCCAGUCAGAAAGCUCCGCCUUUCACAGGGUCACGAGCAAAGCUGUGAGCUCGCUGCGGCCAAGCCAGAGCUGUGUCCUGCCAGCUGACCCUGUUCAUGCCAUCAAGCUGGUGACCAAGGACACCCCAGAAAGUGCAUCCGAAUGCAGCUGGGUGGGACCAGCCACCCCAAAUGUCAUAAAAUCUACCACCUUGAAGAUUCUAGAAGGUGGUUCAAGGGAUGCUCCCAUCCUCCAUAUCUGUGAAUCUAAAUCAGGAGAUGUGCUCUCCCCUGAAACUCUGGAGAAGAGCCCCAAAUCACUCUUGACCUCCGAAGAUGACAGGCUUGUGAGAGGCCACGAAGACCGCUCUGAAGAUUUAGAUAAGCCCACGGCUCGCUCCAUCGCUGUAGGACCUGAGAGAGAGCGGCAAGUUCACCAUCCGCCCACUCAGAGAUCUGGCCGGAGUGAAAUGGUUCUGUAUGUCCAGAGUGGUCCUGUGUCCCACGAUGCCACACUCAGCAGUCACACAAAGGAGGCCUCUCCAAAGAAGCGUAAGGUCCUGGCCCGCUCCCUGUCAGAUUACACGGGUCCCCCUCAGCUCCAGGCCCCCCGACACAGGGAUGCAGCCACAAAGCAAGAGCUGGAGCUGCGGAAUUCCAGGGCAGAGGGGCCUGGUGCAGAAGCCGGCAUGCUGGACACCAGAGUGUCUGUCGCCCAGCUCAGAAAUGUGUUUCUGGAGUCGGCCAGAGCCAGCAAGAGACCUGAACUCCAAUCCCGGGUUGAGAGGUCAGCUGAAGGAAUUGGCUUGCCCACGGAACAGGAGAGAGGGUCUCGGAAACCAAGACGCUAUCUUUCUCCCGGUGAAAAUAGAAAAACUUCUGAACGAUUUAGAACUCAACCUAUAACAUCAGCCGAGCGGAAGGAAUCAGAUAGGUACCCUUUGGGUUCAGACAUGCCAGUGGCUGACGAUGAAGAAAAGGUGGAUGAACGGGCCAAGCUGAGUGUUGCUGCCAAGAGGCUGCUUUUCAGGGAAAUGGAGAGAUCAUUCGAUGAGCACAGCGUACCAAAGAGGCAUUCGAGAAAUGCAGCCGUGGAGCAAAGGCUGCGUCGCCUGCAGGACCGCUCACACACCCAGCCCAUCACCACAGAGGAAGUGGUCAUUGCAGCCACGUUGCAGGCUUCAGCUCACCACAAGGCUUUAGCCAGGGGCCAGGCAAACGAGGGCAGAGAGUCUGCCGAGCCAGGUGAACCUGAUUCCUCCUCCUUGAGCUUAGCCGAGAAGCUGGCCUUGUUUAACAAACUGUCCCAGCCAGUCUCCAAAGCCAUUUCUACCAGAAACAGAAUAGCCGUGCGGCAGAGGAGGCUGAAUGCCAGGUAUCAGACUCAGCCGGUCACACUGGGAGAGGUGGAGCAGGUGCAGAGCAGCGGGAAGCUCAUCUCCUUCUCCCCCACUGUGAGCACAGCUGUGAGCACGCCUGCAGCUGCCCCCACGUAUGCCGGGGACCUUCGCACGAAGCCGGCUGCUGAAGACAGUGUGGCCGCCCCUGACUAUAAGUCCCCCCCUUGCUCGGAAACGUCGGACUCUCCGGUUAGAAGCAUUCUCAAGCCACAAGCCUGGCGGCCUCGCGCAGAGCGCUGUGGGAGCGAAGGAAUGCUGGGGGAGUGUGCAGAGCCGGAGAGCAGCAACGCUCUGACCUCGGGAGACAGCGACAUCCAAACACGCGGGGCCUCGGAGGAGGAGGCUGGGCCCUCCUACCCCAUCCCUGGUAGAGUCAGCGGUGGUGCUGGGCAGAAGGAGCCAAAACACACCAUCCUGAGGAGAGGAAGCGCGGAGCUUGGUCCUCCUGUCGCCCACCUGGGUGAUGAGCUGAAGGGAUCUUCCACUGCUAAAGGCAGUUGGCAGGAGACCCUGGACCAGGAGGAUAAGCAGGCCUUGGAGGAGAGCUCGGAUGUGGGGAAUGUCACGAGGAAGUUCUCGCUUAAAGAGUUUGGAGAGCCUGCUUCUGAGCAGGCGGCGCCGGCUGCCGGGAAAGCCUCCAUUCAGAUGGCAACACUGGGGUCCUGGAAGCAGCAGGAUCCUUCGGAGCAGAUAGCAGAGAAGCUCUUCAAGAACCCCUCUGCCAUGUUUGCCGCCGGAGAAGUCAAAGUGCCAGCAGGCGAGACUGUCCUGGAUUCACCCAGCAAAACCAUGUCAAUCAAAGAAAGGCUGGCGCUGUUGAAGAAGAGUGGUGAGGAAGACUGGAAGAACAGACUGCUUCGGAAGCAGGAAUACGGCAAGGCCACCAGCGGCCUGCACAUGCAGGAGGAGCAGUCUCUGAGGAAGCGGGUCUCGGAAAGUCGAGAGUGCCAGAUGACGAUUGAAGAGCGGAAGCACCUCAUCACUGUGCGCGAGGAGGCAUGGAAGGCGAAGGGCAGGGGCGCGGCCAACGAUUCCACCCAGUUCACCGUGGCAGGAAGAAUGGUGAAGAAAGGUCUGGCAUCACCCACAGCCAUAACUCCAGUCUCAUCCCCUCUGUGCAACAAAUCAAGGGGCACGACUCCAGUUUCUAAGCCCUUGGAAGAUAUUGAAGCUAGACCGGAUAUGCAGCUGGAAUCGGACCUGAAGUUGGACAAGCUGGAAACCUUCCUAAGGAGACUGAACAACAAAGUUGCUGGGAUGCAGGAAACCGUUCUCACGGUCACUGGCAAAUCUGUCAAGGAGGUGAUGAAGUUGGAUGAUGAUGAGACCUUUGCCAAAUUCUACCGCAGCGUGGAUUACAACAUACCCAGAAGUCCUGUGGAGCUGGAGGAGGACUUUGAUGUCAUUUUCGACCCUUACGCUCCCAAGUUGACUUCUUCGGUGGCAGAGCAUAAACGCUCAGUCAGGCCCAAGCGCCGGGUCCAGGCCUCCAAGAACCCUCUCAAAUUGCUGGCAGCAAGAGAUGACCUCCUUCAGGAAUACACGGAGCAAAGGCUCAACGUUGCCUUCAUGGAAUCCAAGAGGAUGAAAGUGGAAAAGAUGUCCUCCAAUUCCAACUUCUCCGCCGUGACGCUAGCGGGCCUGGCCAGCAGGGAGAACUUCAGUGGCAUCAGCCUGCGGAGCGUCAACCUGACGGAACAGAACUCCAACAACAGCGCAGUGCCCUACAAGAAGCUCAUGCUGUUGCAGAUCAAAGGAAGAAGACACGUGCAGACAAGGCUGGUGGAGCCUCGAGCCUCCUCACUCAACAGUGGAGACUGCUUCCUUCUGCUGUCCCCUCAGUACUGCUUCCUGUGGGUCGGAGAGUUCUCCAACGUCAUCGAGAAUGCAAAGGCAUCUGAACUUGCAACGUUAAUUCAGACAAAGAGGGAGCUUGGUUGCAGAGCUACAUACGUCCAGACCAUUGAGGAAGGCAUUAACACACAUACUCACGCAGCCAAGGACUUCUGGAAGCUCCUGGGUGGCAAGACCUGCUACCAGUCUGCCGGAGACCCAAAGGAAGAUGAGCUGUAUGAGACAGCCAUCAUUGAAACAAACUGCGUCUACCGUCUGAUUGACGACAAACUCGUUCCUGAUGAUGACUACUGGGGAAAGAUUCCCAAGUGUUCCCUUCUGCAGUCCAAAGAGGUCCUGGUGUUUGACUUUGGCAGUGAAGUUUACGUGUGGCAUGGGAAGGAAGUCAGCCUAGCACAACGGAAAGUAGCAUUCCAGCUGGCCAAGCACUUAUGGAACGGGACCUUUGACUACGAGAACUGUGACAUCAACCCGCUGGACCCGGGGGAGUGCAACCCGCUCAUUCCCAGGAAAGGACAGGGGCGACCCGACUGGGCAAUAUUUGGGAGAGUUACGGAGCACAAUGAGACCAUUCUGUUCAAAGAGAAGUUCCUCGACUGGACGGAACUGAAGAGGCCCACAGAGAGGAACUCCGGGGAAGUUGUCCAGCAGAAGGACGAUCCUAGGGCUGACGUCAAGCCCUACGACGUGACACGGAUGGUGGCACUGCCCCAGAUGACAGCCAGCACCAUCCUAGACGGGGUGAAUGUGGGCCGGGGCUAUGGCCUGGUGGAAGGAGACGACGGGAGGCAGAUCGAGAUUGCUACUGUCUCUGUGGACGUGUGGCACAUCCUGGAAUUUGACUACAGCCGGCUCCCCAGGCAGAGCAUCGGGCAGUUCCACGAGGGGGACGCCUACGUGGUCAAGUGGAAGUACAUGGCGAGCACAGCAGUGGGAAGCCGACAAAAGGGAGAGCAUCCGGUGAGAGUGGCUGGCAAAGAGAAGUGUGUCUAUUUCUUCUGGCAAGGCCGGCACUCAACCGUGAGUGAGAAGGGGACAUCAGCUCUGAUGACAGUGGAGCUGGAUGAAGAGAGGGGGGCCCAGGUCCAGGUUCUGCAGGGAAAGGAGCCCCCCUGUUUCCUUCAGUGUUUCCAGGGAGGGAUGGUGGUGCACUCUGGACGAAGGGAAGAGGAAGAAGAAAAUGUGCAAAGUGAAUGGAGGCUGUAUUGUGUGCGAGGAGAGGUCCCCAUGGAAGGGAACUUGCUGGAGGUGGCCUGUCACUGUAGCAGCCUGAGGUCCAGGACUUCCAUGGUUGCCCUGAACAUAAACAAGGCCCUCAUUUACCUGUGGCAUGGAUGUAAAGCUCAAGGCCAUACGAAGGAGGUUGGAAGGACUGCAGCAAAUAAAAUCAAGGAACAAUGUCCCCUGGAAGCAGGGCUUCACAGCAGCAGCAAUGUGACUAUCCAUGAGUGUGACGAAGGAUCCGAGCCCCUGGGAUUCUGGGAUGCCCUGGGGAGGAGGGACAGGAAGGCCUACGACUGCAUGCUCCAAGAUCCUGGGAGUUUUAACUUCGCGCCCCGCCUGUUCAUCCUCAGCAGCUCCUCGGGGGACUUCUCAGCCACGGAGUUCGUGUACCCCGCGAGGGCGCCCUCUGCUGUCAGCUCCAUGCCCUUCCUGCAGGAAGACCUGUACAGCGCGCCACAGCCAGCUCUCUUCCUUGUUGACAAUCACCACGAGGUCUACCUCUGGCAAGGCUGGUGGCCCACUGAGAACAAGAUAACCGGCUCUGCCCGAAUUCGCUGGGCCUCCGAUCGGAAGAGUGCGAUGGAGACAGUCCUGCAGUACUGCCGAGGAAAGAACCUCAAAAAGCCACCCCCCAAGUCUUACCUUAUCCACGCCGGGCUAGAGCCCCUCACGUUCACCAACAUGUUUCCCAGCUGGGAACACAGAGAAGACAUUGCUGAGAUCACAGAAAUGGACACUGCAGUUUCCAACCAGAUCACCCUGGUGGAAGAUGUCUUGGCCAAGCUGUGUAAAACCAUCUACCCGCUGGCGGAUCUGCUGGCCAGGCCACUCCCAGAGGGCGUAGACCCGCUAAAGCUUGAGAUUUAUCUCACGGAUGAAGACUUUGAGUUUGCGCUUGACAUGAGUAGAGAUGAAUUCAACUCACUGCCCACCUGGAAGCAAGUGAACCUGAAGAAAGCCAAAGGCCUGUUCUGAGAGCAGUAUGACAGAGCGACAGGGAGGCCACGUUCAAGGCCACUAGACCAGAACACGGUAUUUUUUUUCUGUCAAAGAAGAAAGUAUUUUUGAAUCAGAGUUUUUCAGAACCUGACCUUAUUAACUUCGUGGCUUGCUCUGGAGUCGAGCAUUUUGUAAAUGUGUAGGAGAACUCUUUGAAUCUUGGAAUCGUUCUUUUUCACGGUUCAGGUAAACUGAAAGAAAAGCGUCUUUUCCGUUCCCUCAGCUGAGCGCUGCCUCAGUGGCCGCUGCAGCCCGGCCCUCCUGUUCCGGCUCGGCAUUGCCUUUUUUAAAGCAAUUCUCUUUAUAAAGUGUUAUUUUGAUAGUUUGUGGAUUCUAAAUAUAUAUAUAUUUAUAUAAACAUCAUAUAAAUCAAAUAUGUAUUUAACAAAGCAAUAUGUAUUCAUUCACUUUCAGUUCUUUUCUUUGGUGUCAAAACAAUAUUACAAGGUAGACUAGAAGGCGUCACCUCUGUUGAGUUAGGCCUGCCACCAGUCUGCCCUCACCCCACCCCCCCGUCCGUCUGUCCGCCCCCACCUCCGUGCUCAGGAGUGCCUCCUUCAGCCUUAGGUCUGGCUUGUGCUCAGUUCUGCUUCCGGUGCUAAAACAAGCAAAGCCUCUGUGCUUCCCAGUGUGGACUCUGAAGAAUCUAUGAGAAUCAACCUUUCUACCUUAAGAUCUCCCCGAGAAAUGUAUAGUGCCUUGUUUUAUGUACAGUUUAUAUACAGAAAAGUUCGCUCUGCUUUUUUUUUUUUUUUUUUUUUGAUGCUGGUUUGGAAUAUUAUCUACCAUUUUAUUCUCAGAUAGUAGAAAUAAAAACAUCUCAGUUUCUCGUAUCCAUUGUGAACAGUACACAUGUCAUUUUGUGACACAGGACCCCAAAAUAAAAGCUCAGAAUAAUCACAA